UCAACUUUACACUGCUUAGAAAUAAAUUGAUAUAACAAGUCACAUGAAACUACUAAGCUGCAAGUAUAGAGCUAUAGGUAUAUGCUCACCAUCAUAAAUAAUGACAAAACUUGCAGAAAUGUCACAAUUCUCGCAAAACACAUGUGUUUCUAUGUGCAACAUCCCGUGCUUGUUAAGUCAACGGUGGCUGCAGUGGUAGCAGUCAUAGUGUCACCGAAGAAACGUCAUAAUCUAACUGUUCUCGCGAGGAAUAAGCUUGGAAAAUUGACACUGUCGACCGAGUAAAUAUCAAUGGGGUGGAAGAUCGUCGUGUGGAUGAUAGAAUCCACGGUCGAGGUGCAUCUGGGUUCAACUGCAGAGAUGAGAACGCCAUGUUAAGGUUUGUCGGUCGUAGUGGUCGUACCACCGCGGUAAUCGGAGCUCGGCCGAGUGUGACGUUAAACGGUGGCUGCAGUGGUUUCGUUCUGUUCAGGUUAACAUGGUAGGUGGUCACCAGCCGCAAUCGACGGGAGGCGCCAGCUGCACGGGCACUAUGAUGAAUAUACUGAACAUAGACGCCGAGAACCGGGUGGUGCUGAACGUCGGCGGCAUCAGGCACGAGACCUACAAAGCGACCCUGAAGAAAAUACCCGCCACGAGAUUGAGCCGGCUGACCGAGGCGCUGGCCAACUACGACCCGGUGCUAAACGAAUACUUCUUUGACAGACAUCCGGGCGUAUUUGCUCAGGUCCUCAACUAUUACAGGACGGGUAAACUUCAUUACCCGACGGAUGUUUGCGGGCCGUUAUUUGAAGAGGAAUUGGAGUUUUGGGGUCUGGACGCGAAUCAAGUAGAACCCUGUUGCUGGAUGACCUACACUCAGCACAGGGAUACGCAAGAAACACUCGCGGUUUUGGACCGGCUAGAUCUGGACACGGAGAAACCUAGUGAUGAAGAGAUGGCUCGAAAAUUUGGUUUCGAGGAGGCGUUCUUUCAGGGUAGACUCACCUGGUGGCAGCGUUUCAAGCCCCAGCUGUGGUCCAUGUUCGACGAACCGUACUCGUCGAACGCUGCCAAGAUCAUCGGCAUCGUGUCCGUAUUCUUCAUAUGCGUGUCGAUCCUGUCGUUUUGCCUGAAAACGCACCCGAACAUGCGGGUGCCGAUCAUCAAGAACAUCACGGUGAACACAUCGCACAACACGACCGCCUGGGUGUUGGACAAGACGCAGACGAACGCGCACGAGGCGUUCUUCUACAUCGAGUGCGUGUGCAACGCAUGGUUCACGUUCGAGAUUCUGGUGCGGUUCAUCGCGUCGCCGAACAAGUGCGAGUUCGUCAAAGCGUCGGUGAACAUCAUCGACUACAUCGCCACGCUGUCGUUCUACAUCGACCUGAUACUGCAGAAGUUCGCGUCGCACCUGGAAAACGCCGACAUACUCGAGUUCUUCUCCAUCAUCCGGAUCAUGAGGCUGUUCAAGCUCACCCGUCACUCGUCCGGGCUCAAGAUACUGAUGCAGACGUUCCGGGCGUCCGCCAAGGAGCUGACGCUGCUGGUGUUCUUCCUGGUGCUGGGCAUCGUGAUAUUCGCCAGCCUGGUGUACUACGCUGAGCGCAUCCAGGCCAAUCCGCACAACGACUUCAACAGCAUACCGCUGGGCCUGUGGUGGGCCCUGGUCACCAUGACCACCGUCGGUUACGGCGACAUGGCCCCGAAGACGUACGUGGGCAUGUUCGUCGGCGCCCUCUGCGCCCUGGCCGGCGUGCUCACCAUCGCCCUGCCCGUUCCCGUCAUCGUUUCCAACUUUGCCAUGUACUACUCGCACACGCAGGCCCGGGCCAAGCUGCCCAAGAAGCGGCGCCGGGUGCUGCCCGUCGAACAGCCCCGCGGGCCCAGGCUGCCCGGCCAGGGCCCGCCGCCCCAGCAACAGACGAACCAGCCCGGGUGCGGCUCGGGCGGCAUGGGCAUAGGCGGCGGCGGCGGCGGCCACGGCCCUUGCGCCGGCGUCGGCGGCCUACCGCCUAAUGUGGCCGGGGCGCCGGUCAACACGACGGGCGUGCCGGCCGUCAACCGGCGGAUGAACGCCAUCAAGAGCAAUCAUCCCAAAGACGGGGCAGGACCCAAAGUCGUUGGUGUCGCUAUGACGUUGAACCCGAACGGCGUGGGAGUUAAAGCUGAACCAGUGAUGUCCACUGGCGUUGGUGGCGUCGGCGGACCGAGGAAACAGUCGGCCACAAAGACGUGAAUGGCUACGGCGGAUUACCGCGGUAGUGGAACGUUUAUUCUAAAAUACGAGUGGAAAUCAAGGAUCAAAAUCGUUUAUUAUUUUUUUUUUGUUUUUAAGUUUCUUCGAGAAAGUUUUUUCUCGAUAAAACAAUAUACACUCCCGUUACGAUAUUAUAAUGAUGUAUUAUAUAAUAUAAUUUGUAUUCCGAGUAUUAUUAUUAUUACUAUUCGACGGCAGUAGGUAUAUUUAUUUAAAAUAUAGUGUCAUAAUAUUAUUAUUGUUAUUAUUAUUAUCAUUAUUAUUAUUAUUAUUAUUAUUAUUAUUAACCUUAGAGAGACUCCAGUCCUAUAAUGAUGUACAAAUUUAUCUUUUAAUACUAUUAAACUGCACACACACACACAAAAAAACGACCAAAACACGACCAAGUAAUGUGUAUGCAUUAAAUUCCGACCAAAGAUCCACAACGUUCGAAGGUACCUAUACGGGCGGCAGCCACUAAUUAGUGUAAUAUUGUACUUGCGCCCCUCUCAUCGUCAUCGUUAGAAUAAUAAUAUUAUAAUACAGCCUCUCGUCGCUAUUGUAUUCGCAUCGAGUAACACGUGGUGUAAAUAUUUAUUAUUUUUUUUUUUACGCAACAUUUCAUUUUUGUUAACGGUUUCCUCUUAUUGUUAAAAUUAAUUUAUAUUAUCGAGAUAAACAAAUUGUCGUCACUCCCAGAAACCAUGGUCAUUUGGCUGUAUAUAAUAUUAUAAUACAUACGGAUUACGGGGUAAUUUUUCAUUUUAUUUUUAACGCGAGACACCCAUAAAACGUCACAGUAUUAACCUUAUAUAAAUGGUUUUAAGUAACCAUGCCAGUUAUGGAAUUAAUAUACGUUUGAAACAAAAACUAAAUUCAUACAAAAAAUUUAAUUUUUUUAUCUCACCCACACAUAAACAUUAUACAUACUCGUACAUAUUAUUGUUAGAUAAUAUUGUAUAAACUUAUGUAUUUAUAGAUUCGUUAGUUUUUGUACUUUUUUUAAAUUUAGUGGAUAUCCCUCGGCAAUCUUGCACUAGUUUAUAAAUUAAUAUCUAAACUGUAUAAACAAUAAACAAUAUCGAUCCAAGUAUAGGUAACUGUAAUGUUGUAUGUAUACAUAUUAAAAAUGUAUUCUCUGUCAAAAGAAUUAUAUUCUUCUCCGGUAUAUGAAAUAAAAAUGACAAGAUCAUAAAAAAAAUACGUUAAUAAAUAAAUGUUAAUAAUAUAAUAUAACCUACUUUUAAUCAUAAACUAUUUUUCACAGUGUCUUGCGUUACAAAAAUUCACCUCGUACAUGUAUUUAUAUAUUGUGAUAUUAGAUAGCUAAAUAUUCAUGGCAAGCGUGUCUGAUUAUAGUUGAAACGGACUUAUAUAAUAUAUUGGCCAUCGUCAGCGGUGGUGUGAACCUCUGUACCCAAGUGAAUAUUAUAAUAUACGUAUGUACCUACUAAAAAUAUUAUGUGUAUAAUGUAUAAUAUUAUUAUUAUGCGUGUCGUUGAAUACGAAACAGCUGAACAAACCAAUAAUAAUAAUAAUAGAUUUUUUUUUUUGUUGAUUGAAAAUCCUUAUUGCGGGAUUUGUACGGUUUUACAGAGAAAAAUUUGCUCACUUUUAAAAAAUAAUAAUAAAAUAUAAAAUAAAUAAUAGACUAUAUUAUAUUAUAUAUAAAAUGUGU